AGUCCGAGAGCGGCCGGUCCAGUAUCGCCGUGCCUCGAGGGCGGCGAAGCGGUGUAUUUGAAGACAUACCAUUAGAGAUGGAUUCAGCAGCCCGAUCUGAGCGCGCGGUUGGAGAUGACCGCCCGCGGCAUGUCCAGUCACAGCAUUCCCUCCGAUCCCAGUCGGCAAUCGCGUCUAUCCCGUCAAACUCGGGACAACCAAAUGAGCCGGACGUCGCGGAGGAACUGGCCUGGGGUCCGGCCCAUCCUUGCUUUCCGCAUAUCAAUCCGCAUGUUCCACCAGGGUCGGAAGAGUACCUGACGACACGGAUUAUCCGGAUCCGGCGAGACUGGAUGGUCAAGGGAGAUCUUGCCCCCACAUACUCAAAUCUGUACCCGGAGAUCCUCGACCCGUUGCUGCCCGAACAGGAAUUCAGACGCAUCAUUGCGACGGUGAACGAGGAACUCAUCAGCGCGUUCAACCCGUUCAGCUUCCGCAAUUGGAUCGACGGGGCAAUUGGGCUGCUCACCGGGUGGCUUUGGGAGGAUAUUGGUGCGCCAGGCAUCAAAAGCCAUCUCAAGCGUGUGGAGGAGUGGUUGGAAAAGUGGAAUCGCGAAGUCGGGGCCAAGGACGGAGUACGGAUAUGGAGUUUAAGGAGAACAGCGUAUAUGUCGCUGGAUAUUCAGAUUCCUGAUCCCAAGGUCGGCAUCGUGCCGAGUGAAGGGAAUCCGUCACGACCUGGUACUGGGCCACAUAGCGGUGGUGUGUAG